CCUUACUUAUAACAGGGACAAGUGUGUUUUUGGUACCACCCGCCUUGCUAUACUUGGGUAUGUCGUGGAAAACGGGGUUAUUGGGCCUGAUCCCGAACGUAUGCGCCCCCUGUUAGAGCUCCCUCUUCCCACCACUCUCAAGGCCCUCAGACGGUGCCUGGGGUUUUUUUUCCUAUUACGCCCAAUGGGUCCCCCAUUACGCAGACAAGGCUCGCCCCCUGGUCAAGUCUACCUCGUUUCCCCUCUCUGCUGAGGCCUGCGCGGCCUUCAACUGCAUUAAAGCGGACAUUGCCAAAGCUACGAUGCAUGCAGUGGACAAGACCGCUCCCUUCCAAGUGGAGUGUGAUGCCUCCGAUUUCGCUCUGGCUGCUACCCUUAAUCAGGAAGGCAGACCAGUAGCAUUCUUUUCUCGCACCCUCCAAGGCUCUGAAAUUCGGCACUCCGCGGUGGAGAAAGAAGCCCAGGCCAUAGUGGAGGCUGUUAGGCACUGGAGGCACUAUCUUGCUGGCAAAAGAUUCACUGUGCUGACCGACCAGCGCUCGGUUGCGUUCCUGUUCAGCAACCAACAGCGGGGCAAGAUCAAAAAUGAUAAGAUUUUGCGUGUUGACUUUAAGGGCCCCCUUCCCUCCACUGACCGCAAUGUCUAUUUUCUCAGUGUUAUUGACGAGUUCUCACGGUUCCCCUUUGCCAUCCCCUGCCCCGACACCACUGCCACGUCCGUCAUAAAAGCCCUGCGCCAGCUCUUCACUCUGUUCGGGUAUCCCUGCUAUAUCCACAGUGAUAGAGGGUCCUCCUUUAUGAGUGAGGAGCUGCGCCAGUACUUGCUAGCUAGGGGCAUUGCUACCAGUCGGACCACGAGUUAUAAUCCCCGGGGUAAUGGCCAGGUAGAGCGGGAGAAUGCCACAGUGUGGAAGGCCACACUUUUAGCCCUUAAGUCCAAAGGGUUGCCGGUCUCUCGAUGGCAGGAGGUCCUCCCUGAGGCACUGCACUCUAUCCGCUCUCUGUUAUGUACGUCCACCAAUGCCACCCCUCACGAACGCCUAUUCUCUUUUCCCAGGAAGUCUGUCACUGGGACCACCCUACCAGUUUGGCUGACGUCCCCGGGGCCAGUGCUGCUCUGGAAACAUGUGAGGAGCAAUAAAUACUCCCCGCUGGUGGAGAGGGUUCACCUUCUCCAUGCGAACCCCCAGUAUGCUUACGUGGUCUUACCUGAUGGGCGGGAGGACACGGUCUCCAUCCACGACCUGGCACCCGCAGGUGCAGCAGACCACUACCCUGAAGGCUCUCCGGUAACUGUGAACCCUGCACCAGAGGUGACACCGUACUCACCAGGCCCUACACAGACUCCUCACGACACUUGUAUACCGGGCGUUUCGUACGCAUUUAUACCAGGCGCCUCGCACAUGCAUGAGGGAUCACCGGCGCCUAGUGGGCAAGAACACGCGCAACCCCCGUCCCCUGUGCAAUCGCCAAUGUUGCCGGCACCUAUGCGGUCACAGCCGGUGCUACGUAGAUCGCAGCGACAGAUUCGACCGCCUGAUCGGCUUGACUUGUAAGAACCUUCGCUACAUGAGGACUUUUUCAAACGAAGGGGGGGUGAAUGUGGUGAACUAUGUGCCUGUCGGGACACACCCCUGCUGACUGCUCCUGUGGCUCCUCCCACAGGCCCCUGUAUAAAGGAGACCUGCGGCCUGAAGAUCGGCCUCAG